AUGGGUUGCACCGAAUGGAUGGAAAUGAACCAGAAAAACAAACCCCAGAGCAACGCGCUCGGCUCAGGGAUACUGACGUUACUGACCACGUCCUCGUAUCUGGCGGCCACGCUCUACCCAAGCUACCGGCGUCAGGAAUGGGCGUUCGGGCACUCGAAAUCGGCCGUCAUGGCCACGCUGCUACUGUUCCAUGCCACCGCCGUCGUUGGGCUGCUGGCCGCAUACUUCCUGCUCGAGCGGUACCCCAAGCGACAGAUCAAUUACGUCAUGAUUACGCUCGUGACCGUGGCGAGUAUCGUGGCGACGGCGGUUCCGCACGACCUGUACGCGAUCACCGUCGCCCGGUGUCUGGCCGGGCUCGCCCACGGACUGGCCCUGCCGCUGGUGCUGGUCCACGGUGGGGAAAUCUUGCUCAAAGAGCUGCGCGGAGUCAUUAUGGCCGCGGUGAACUUUUGCAUGGUCUGCGGUGUGCUGCUCGGUGCCGUACUCUUCACGGUCGACACGGAACCGCUCGACGCUUACCGGCUGAUCGGCAUCGUGGGGCUGUGCUACAUGCUGACGGCCGCGCUCCUGAACUACUUCGUGUGCUACGAGUCACCCGUGUUCCUGGUGCAGCGGAAGUGCGAUGCUGACGCGAUCCGGAGCAUGAUGAAGCUGCGGAACGAGUCGAGCGAGACGUGGCAGAUACGGAACGAGCUGACCGAGAUCAAGACGAUGCUCUCGGAGGACGAACUCACGUCGACGUCCAUCUUCCGGGAUGGCAACCUACGGCCACUGGUGCUCCUGGCGAUGGCCAAGGUAGCGUCCGUGCUGUCGUUCAACUACGCCGUCAACUCAAUCAAGGUACGCACCAUCGACCGAGAGCUCGACGCGGACAGCUUCAGCAUCGCCACCGUCGUCCUGCUGUCGAUCCGAUCGUGCAUCGGGCUGGCCGGUAUCUUCGCGGUCGACCUCGUCGGUCGACGGGCACUGAUAGUGGUUUCGUGCGUUUCCACCGCCAUCGCGAUGAUUGCGAUGGCCAUCGCCUACCUGGCAACCGAUCAGCUGCUCACCGUUGUGGGGAUGGCCAUUUUCUUCGCCUGCGAAGUAGGUGCCUCACUGGGGCUCACGUUCGUGCCCGAUGUCCUGUGCUCGGAAGCGUUCAACACGCGCAAAAAGUCGCUCUCGAUCGUGGCGGUCCAGGCGUUGGAGCAGGUCCUGCACGUGAUCAUCUUCGCCAUCACCUUCGACUGGAACUUUACCAAUCAGGCCCGGUACGGGGGAACGCUGCUGGUGGCGGGCAUCCCGAUGCUGGUCGUCGCGUACGCCCUCUACCGGAAGCUCCCGGAAACGACCAAGAUGUCGAUCCGGCAGGCCCGGAUCGAGUUCUACAAGCGGGACGGUAUCGUGCUCGGUGGCAGCAAGAACUCGGUCGAAGUGCUCUACGACUGA